CUACCAUUGAAUACAUAACUUAUAUGCUUAGUUAGUUGUGACAGAAACAACACACAAGGAACAUCACUUAAGUUUUGUUCUUAAUUUAACAAAUACUCCUUCAAUCUCAUAAACAAGUUAUCUCAAAUGAAUUUUUUGCAUGUCUCACUCAAAAUGUGUGAAGACAUGUUUGGUGUCUCACAUAUUCCACAAGCAUCAACUCUUUACCAUCAGAAAAAGACAUGAGAGAUGAGCCACUUGAGCUGGCUGAUCUUAACGACCGGAGAAUGCGAGUUGUGGAUGUUGGGGGAGGAACUGGAUUCACUACUCUUGGUUUAGUGAGACAUGUUGAUGCUAAAAAUGUUACGAUUCUUGAUCAAUCUCCUCAUCAAUUGGCUAAGGCUAAGGAGAAGGAAGCAUUGAAAGAGUGUAAGAUCGUUGAAGGUGAUGCAGAAGAACUUCCGUUUCCAACUGAUUAUGCGGACCGAUAUGUUUCUGCUGGAAGUAUUGAAUACUGGCCGGAUCCGCAGCGUGGCAUUAAGGAAGCAUACAGACUGCUAAAAAUUGGAGGCAAAGCAUGUAUUAUAGGUCCUGUAUACCCAACUUUUUGGUUGUCUCAAUUCUUUGCAGACAUGUGGAUGCUCUUCCCUAAGGAGGAAGAGUAUAUUGAAUGGUUUAAAGAGGCUGGUUUCAAAGAUAUCAAGCUCAAAAGGAUAGGUCCAAAAUGGUAUCGUAGUGUAAGGCGGCACGGCCUUAUCAUGGGCUGUUCUGUUACUGGUGUCAAGCCUUUAUCAGGCGACUCUCCCCUUGAGCUUGGUCCUAAGGUAGAGGAUGUAGAGAAGCCUGUAAAUCCGUUGGUGUUUCUCUCAAGGCUCAUUAUUGGUGCAAUUGCAGCCACUUACUAUGUACUUGUUCCAAUUUACAUGUGUAUCAAGGACCAAAUUGCUCCAAAGGGCGUGCCUAUUUAAUCAAAGAUUGGAGAAUCAGGUGAAAUUGGGGUAGGAAAUGGUGGUCAAGUUUUGAUGGUUGAAAUUCUCAAGGCUUAAUUUGUUGAAAUGUUCUGGCAUAGUCAAGUUUACUACAAUUGUAGAAUGGAUAUCUUACUUACAACUCAAGCAUCAAUUGUUUAUUUGGAAGUUGGGUAGGAGAUGUUCCUAAAGCAGAUAAGCCAUGUUUAGUAUGGAAGAAUCAGCUUAGUAUUGUUUGUGCUUCUGUAAUCUUUUGCUUGACAGUGAG